AUGAUUUACUCCUCAGGAAGAGAAUCCUUCUUCAACCUGAACUCCACCUGGUACGACCCCUCCGGCUCCUGGCUGGACACGCGACGCACGCCCUUCCGCUACGGUUACUCCACCUGCUGCUCCUCGGGCGGCUCCUCGGGCUGCCACGGCGAGGGCGUCGAGGGCAUGAGGGGCCACGACUACCGGCACUACGGCUACCGACAGCCCCGCUGCGCCGAGCGCUGCCAUGGCUCCUCGGGCUCGUGCCACGGAGCGGGGGACAGCUGUGUCAGGAGGCCCACGUACAGCUACGGGGGUUCAGGGGGGUGCCAGGGUUACGGGAGGUCUGUGUGCUCUGAGAGGUGCCAGGGUUACGGGAGGUCUGUGUGCGCCGAAAGGUGCCAGGGCUCCUCAGGUUCGUGCCACGGAGGGGGGUCCAGCUGUGUCAGGAGACCCACGUACAGCUACGGGGGCUCAGGGGGGUGCCAGGGUUAUGGGAGGUCUGUGUGCUCCGAGAGGUGCCACGGGACAGUGGCCCAAGGGGGGAAGUCGUGCUGUGGGACCCCCGUGCAGAGCAUCCCAGUGCAGAGCUGUCCCCAGCCAGUGCAGAGCAUCCCAGUGCAGACCUGUCCCCCCCCUGUGCAGGUCUGUCCCCGUCCUUGUCCCCCUCCCAUGAAGACCGUCCCAGUCCAGACCUGUCCCCCACCAGUGCAGGUCUGUCCCCGUCCUUGUCCCCCUCCUGUGAAGAGCAUCCCAGUGAAGAGCUGUCCACCCCCAGUCCAGACCUGUCCCCCCCCAGUCCAGGCCUGUCCCUGUCCCUGUCCCCCUCCGGUCCAGCAGGGCUGUGUCCCCGUGGCCAAGGGCAUCCCGCACCAGCAGCAGAAGCAGGUCUGCAAAGUGCCAGCCCGGAAGAUCAAAUAA